AUGCUUUCAGAGAAAACAAAAUUUGUGCCAUCACCAAUGGAAAUGCAAAAUUUAAUAAAACCUGAAAUGAAACAAAUCAUCAAACAUAAUUGUGAUGAGAUAACCUCAGCUUUAAUACCUCAAUAUUUCGAUCCACCGAUUGAGCAACCACAACGAGCCGAAAUUGCUUUCUACAGGCCUUUUCAACCGGAUCCAAUGAAUGAGAUGAUCUUUCCGGAACCGAUUCGAUAUACAGUUUCUUAUCGUGAUAUCAAUAACAUUAUCCGUUUGUGCAAACAGUUAUCCGUACAACUCCCAGAAAGCAAACGAGCAAAAAUUUUGUAUCGCAAACUUACUUUUAACAAUGUUCCAUCUUAUUAA